AUGCUGCCACUGGGAUCAUCGCGACUUUUGCGACCAGUUUGCAAUAUGAGCACAAGUUCAAGCUUUAGUGACCGCUUACGAGUCACUAGAAUCGUUCCAGCCUGCUCACUGCACCAAAAUCAGGGCUUACGUGAGCCGCAUGCUCAGGCUUCACAAGCUUUGCCAUCUCAGAUUGAUAUAACGCAACCUGCUGUCUUCAUGAAUCGUUAUCAUCAGGGUCAGCACACAGAAGUAGCGCUUGGGCUUGAAGCUGAUGAAGAAGGCGCCAUCGAAUCGGUUGGCAAUGUUUCGCGCAUUUUUAUUUAUCUUUGUAUGGUUCAAAAACACAUUUGA